AUGUCCGGACGUGGCAAAGGAGGCAAGGCAAAGGGCAAGAGCAAGACCCGUUCCAGCCGUGCGGGUCUCCAGUUCCCCGUGGGCCGUAUCCACCGUCUCCUGCGCAAGGGAAACUACGCUGAGCGCGUCGGAGCGGGCGCUCCCGUCUACCUCGCGGCCGUCCUCGAGUACCUGGCUGCCGAAGUGCUCGAGCUCGCCGGCAACGCGGCUCGCGACAACAAGAAGACCAGGAUCAUCCCCCGCCACCUGCAGCUGGCCAUCCGCAACGACGAGGAGCUGAACAAGCUGCUCUCCGGCGUUACCAUCGCGCAGGGCGGCGUGUUGCCCAACAUCCAAGCCGUGCUUCUGCCCAAGAAGACCGAGAAGAAGGCGUAAGCGAG